GUUCUCUAGAGUUUUGGUGUUAGGGUUCUUGGUUGGGCGGCAGCAACGCGCGCUCGUGGCAGGAUGUUUCUGGGACAGAUUCAGCUGCCCGACAAGGCGGAGGCGCACCGGCAGCUCCGCAGCCAUCUGACGCAGUUCGGCAUCUGGGUGGGCGUCAUUAGGGUUCUGCCCUAUGUCAUCCAUUUCCUCACCAAGGAGAACGAGGAGCUCAAGCUGGAGCUGUAAGCGAUGCAAUCAGUCUAUUGUUUCCUCCAUCCCCAGUUUUUGGCUCUUUGAUUUUGUGAUCUCUAGAUCACUGCAAAUGUUGAACUAAAAUCUAAUUGAAAGAAAGAGGGAGAGUUUCUUGUGAA